GAAGAAGCAAAGCUUGUGAAACAAUUGCCCUACUCCUCAAAACACCAAAAUAACAAACGAAAAAGGAUUAAUUGUAGUUGUAGAAGCGUAUGAGGUGAGCGACCCUUUCUUCGUGUGAUUCUGAAACGAAAUGAAGAUGUGGCGCACCUUAGAUAGUAGCACCCACCUCACCCUCAGAACCUUACGCCUUCGUUCCUUCUUCUUCUCUUCUUCUUCUUCUUCUUCUUCUUCACUCACCAACACCAACAUUAGUUGUUCCUCGUUCACCACUUUCACCUCAAUUAUCACUCACUCACACUCGCACUCUCACUCUCACUCUUUUCUUCCCCUUGCCCUAACCAAUAAAACUCGCCAUUUCCGAUCCAAUUUCGGUUCCUUCGUUUUGCGCUGCGUUUCGUCUCUUCCCACCAUCGACUGGAACGAUACCGUUUCCUGCUCCGAGGUCGACGCCGAAGCCACUGAUGGAACCCUCCACCAAGAUACCAAGCCUUCUAUUCCCGUUAGAGCCUUCUUCUUCUCUACAAGUGUUGAUUUAAAAAGCUUGGUGGAACAGAACAAACCAAACUUUGUCCCACCAUCGUCACGGAUGACUAAUUAUGUAGUUCUCAAGUUUGGCGAUAUUCGUGAUUCCAGGGUUCCAGGGACUUCUUUCUUGAGUGGAAGCAAUGGCUGUUACAUGGUGGUUUUUCAGUAUGGUUCCAUUGUGUUGUUUAAUGUCCCUGAGCCUGAGGUUGAUGGCUAUCUGAAAAUUGUUAAGGAGCAUGCAUCUGGUUUGCUUCCUGAAAUGAGAAAGGAUGAGUAUGAAGUUAGAGAAAAACCAGCUUUAAACACAUGGAUGCAAGGUGGACUAGAUUACAUAAUGUUACAAUAUUUGAACAUUGAUGGAAUUCGAACUAUUGGUAGCGUCCUAGGUCAAAGUAUUGCUCUUGAUUACUAUGGUCGCCAGGUUGAUGGAAUGGUGGCAGAAUUUACAGACAUAAACCGAGAGAUGGAAGCAACUGGAAAAUUCAAAAUGCAAAGGAAGAAACUUUUCCAGCUGGUGGGCAAGGCAAAUUCAAAUCUUGCUGAUGUGAUUCUGAAGCUUGGACUAUUUGAGAGAUCAGAUAUUGCUUGGAAAGAUGCCAAAUAUGCUCAGAUAUGGGAGUAUCUGAGGGAUGAAUUUGAACUAACUCAGAGAUUUGCAAGUCUCGAUUUCAAGUUGAAAUUUGUGGAGCACAACAUCCGUUUUCUACAAGAAAUUCUUCAAAAUAGGAAAUCUGAUUUCCUAGAGUGGCUCAUUAUUGCAUUGAUUGGUGCUGAAAUUCUUCUGUCUCUAUAUGACAUUGUUCAGCGGUCUGCCAUGAAACUUUAGCAGCAUUCUUUCAGGUGGCAUCUGAGAUUAGGCUUUUGAAGGGGUAUAGCAUACUAGUAGUUGGCUCUAAAUAUAAUUUUUAGAUUCUGGUGGCUCAUGCUAAUACAUUCUCUCUCUUGUAAAUAACAAUUUUAAACCCUUUUAAUUCAGCUCUUUACUAGUCAAUUGUAUAACUUUACGUGUGCAGUUAGUAUCACUCACUGAAAACUGCACCUGCACGUUUUGUUGUAAUGUAAUUGUUCUGAAUACCGAUCCAUGUUAGAUUCCGUAAAUUCUUAGCAAACUAGUCCCCUUAUUU